AUGGAAAGCCCUAAAGCAGCCUCAUCAACGCCAUUACCAGGCUCUACUCACGACGAUCCCAAUGCAAGCCAUGCACCGACAUCAAAGGACAUCCUCUCAAGGGCCAAGAAGAUGGGUCUCUUUGAUACCAUUCGACACGAUUUCUUCCAAAAAUGGUCGACAUCUGCUUCACAUGAUAUCUUUGUCGCAGAGUGCAAGACAACCAUCGACAGAAUAGCAAAUAGUAGCACUAAUCACAGAGAAGAUAACGUAUCUGUUAGAAUGCUUACGGCCAUUGAAAACUCAUACGCCUACCAAAAGCUCAAACAAGAGAUAAUAUCAACCGAAUUCCUAGCCUCGCACGAAACCAAACGACGCAUAUCAGAAGGUCUACGCGACGCACUCACUCUCCACUUGUCCGAUAACCGUGAUCCUACUGAAAAGAAACCAUCAUCGCAACAACACUCACACCAACCUACUACCACACGCAUGAAUAGAUUCGCCACUACCCUCAAUAAUGCGCUCCAUAACGUAAACAAAGAUGCUGUCGUCGAUGGUGGUAGUAGUGCUAGAAAGAAAAGAGGCGAAAGUGUCGUGUCAACUGCUGAUGACAUGGAAUUGGAAAGUGAUGGUGGAGAGGGAAAGAUAUUGUAUUUAAAACCAUCUAUAGAUCAACAGUCUUCCACUACAGUGGCACCUGCUAUUGGUGGUGGAAUAGAAGACGGGGCCGCAAAGAAGCAGAAAAAGAAGGUCAUGCCCAAGAAGCCUACUAGUAGCAAUCCAAUACCAUCUCCUGCUACCGCUAGUGGCAAGAAGCCAUCAAAGCCAUCAACAGAUGACGCAACUAAUAAUAGCGACCUCUCACUACCACCUAUAGUGAACGUAUCACGUAGUAAAACAGGUCAAUUCCUAUCCACCAAACCACGAAUCAAUAUAGAAUCUGUAGAUGCUUCGGGCUCAAGUACAGCAACAACACCAACAGAACAACAAUCUGCUUCUGUGUCUGCUGCUUUGACCGCAGCUGAAAACAAACUUGAACGACCACGACCACAACGUCAUACCAAACUACCUAGAAGAUUUCGUCUCCAGAGUAGUGAAGAUGAACUACCAACUACUCCAUCUACUCCUGUACCACUACCACCUGUAGCGUUCCAUCCGGUAACCGCUCCAAAAACGAGAGCCGAAAAAGAAGCUGAUGAACAACAGGUAGAUAGCAGCACGGUGCCUAUUCGUGGACCCAAACGAGCUAGACCUGUAGUCAAAGACGCCAAACCAGUUGCCCAUCCGUACAUGCCAAACAUGGCUGGAAGACGGUUACGAAGUCGUGUUAUACUUGAUGACGAGGAGGAGGAGGGGUCAGUUGCUGCUGCAGUCAAGAAACCAGCAAAGAAGAAACAAAAGACUGCUAGUGGCAGUGAUACUAAAAAGAAUGAUAGUAACAAUAACGAGAAUAUUGGUGAAGAAGAUGCGACCUCACAACUCUUCCAGCCUUGGGACGGUAUAUCGAACUCAUCAUUGACUGAUAUUGAAGAUAGUGAUGUGGAGAGUAGUUCUGGUGAUGAGGAUGAUGAUGAACCAGAGGGAGAGAAAGGAGUGAAAGAAGAACAAGACGCUGAUAAAUCUUUCUCUGAAAUCAUAAACGUAGACACGCUAAAAGAAUUACUUGCUCAACGAAGACGAGAAGCUGCUGGUGAAGGUAGCAGUGGUAAUUCGUUAGCAUCACCACCUAAAGCAUCAAGUAGCGGUGGCAGUAAUACGGCAAUCACGUCACCAAAAGGUAUUCGAACGCUCUUGCCUGAAGGUGGUGAACCAAACUAUAAUAAUAAUAGUAAUGAUAAUAACGGUGACGAUGAUAUGGACGUUGACACAACAGACUCGUCAGAUCUAUCCGAAGUGUCUUCUGAUGAGGAUGACGAAGGGCCUAUAAGAAGAGUCACGAGGUCCUUGGCUGCUGGCAAAGUAGUGCCUCUUGACGCUGUACGUCAGCUGCCACCACUUGAUACGAGACGUCCUAGCAGUAGUGGCAGCAAUAGUAGAGGUGGAUCAGCAAAACGAGGAGGAAGGAAUAGUCCAAUGUCUGCCACUUCACCGCCGUUGAGAAGGAUUCGACAGCUUUUGCCUGAAGGUGAGAAAGAAGAGAAGGAAAAGAUGUCUCCAUUGCCGCAGCAGCCAGUUCCUGUAAAAAAAGAGGAGAGAGGAGGUGGAGAAGAAGUAGUACAGGCCGUUGGUGGUGGUGGCAAUGCUCAACCGGUUGUUGAUACUCAAGCUGAAGUUACUGGUGGUAGUGAGCAACCAGUUGCUGAUACUCUGGCUAUGGAUACUCAGACUCAGGGUACCGAUGUGGCUCAGGUUACUGAUGUGGUUGAUACUCAGGCUCGGGCCAUAGAUGUGGAUGUGGCUGAUGAAGCGACAGCCCAUAGUAAAACCAUUAGUCACAACCAUGUUGAUGAGUCGGAUUCGGAUUCGUCAAGUGAAUCAUCGGGUCUUUCUGAUGUUGAUAUGGACGAUGAGUGA